AUGUCUGACAAUAAACCUAAGGAAGAUACCAAGAAGGUAGAUGGUGGUUUAGGUAGAAAGAGUAUAUUCUAUGAUCCUGAUUGGAACCCAAAAGGUAUUCCACCACCUGGUGAAAGACAGAUUGCAUACAAUCCAGCAACAUUCAAACGUAAGAUAGAACUGAAACCUCGUUUAGCAGGUCUUUCGCCAGAAAAAUGGAAAAAGCAGGAAGAAUAA